UUGAAUAGGGAAACCGCCAGUGUGUGGCGCGCCCCCGACAGCGGCGUUCGCACGCUACCAGACCGACAGACAACUUAACUACGCGAAAUACUUUAAAACUUUACGCGCGAAGUGAUCCUCGUUUCGCCUGUCAAAACAAUAAAUACCAACGCAAUCAACAACAUUGACCGGAAUUAAAGUAUCACAUGGAUUCGCCGGGCUUAAAUAUCUGACAGCAGGAUUGGCGGGAAAUAUGCAGGAGCCUUGGUGGUCCUUAUAUUUACUUGGAGUUUUCAUGCUGGGUCUCGAUUCUAAGCUCGUGGGUCAAGCGUUUCAACCAGAGUUUGCUGAGCCUAUUACAAAUCUGACCGUACCAAUUGGUCGAGAUGCCACAUUCAGAUGCCUGGUACACAACUUAGGUGGAUAUAGGGUCGGUUGGGUAAAGGCCGACACUAAGGCAAUACAAGCAAUCCACGUUCACGUGAUAACUAAUAACCACAGAGUGGGCGUGUCUCAUAACGGACAGACUGUUUGGAAUUUGCACAUUAGGAACGUGCAAGAGGAGGACCGUGGACAGUACAUGUGUCAAAUCAAUACUGACCCAAUGAAAAGCCAGAUGGGAUUUUUAGACGUCGUGAUUCCACCAGACUUUGUGGCAGACGAGACGUCUGGGGACGUCAUGGUUCCAGAAGGAGGAACCGCAAAGGUUUCCUGUCGCGCUCACGGGCAGCCCAUACCGCGAGUCAUGUGGAGAAGGGAAGAUGGAUCCGAUAUUGUUGUUAGAGAUUCUAAUGGUGUAAAAAAUAAAGUGACUGUCUACGAAGAUGAAGUGCUGACGCUAACCAAGAUUUCUCGGUCGGAUAUGGGUGCAUACUUAUGCAUUGCAAGCAAUGGUGUGCCCCCUACCAUCAGCAAAAGGAUCAUGAUCAAAGUGCACUUUCACCCGGUGAUCCAGGUGCCUAAUCAAUUAGUGGGAGCACCGCUCGGCACUGACGUCACGCUGGAGUGCUACGUGGAGUCGUCGCCUAAAUCUAUCAACUACUGGGUUAGAGAUUCUAACGAAAUGGUGAUAUCAUCGAACAAGUACGAGGUGGUGAACACGAUCAUUAGCUCAUUCGAAAGUCGUAUGGCGCUCACCGUUCGUAAGCUGUCUUCAGACGAUGUCGGAGGCUACAGAUGUGUUGCGAAAAAUUCUCUUGGGGAAGUCGACAGUGUUAUAAGACUUUAUGAAAUACCGGGACCGUCUAUUAGAAACACAAGUCCAGCUACGAAGAAUGAAGAUUUUAAAUAUUCCACUCCAAUCGAAGGACCAGACAACCAAUUCGGUUCAGCAGAAAGCUCUGAUGAUGAAGACGACAAAGAUACUGACAGCGAUUUAGUUACAAGAAUACAUAAAUUUCCAUUAGCCAACGAUAAUAAUACCCACAAAAAUAAAACUCACCUACUGAAUACCACAAAUUUAAUAAAACAAAAUCUAAGUAACAAAGUACGAAAGAUUAUUAAUAAAUUGGAAUCUGAAGCUAGAGACGCUAUCAAUAAUAUAGGUACAAAAUAUUCCACCAAAUAUAAAAUAAUCCCAUCUUUCUGUAUAAUCAUUUAUUUCUUAUAUGAGAAUUAAACUUUGAACCAAUUGUAUUAAUAACAUAUCGCAUAAACUCUAUUGUUCCGAAAAUUAUUUAUUUUAGGACUCUUAAAUUAUGAUUAUCAAGAUAUCGUAUAGCGGCAUACCCAUCAUAAUCUCCUACCUAAUAUUAAUAUAAUGAAAAUAAUAUAAAUAUUCAAUGUAAAAAAUAUUCAAUAUUCAUAAAACCUGAACAUGAAGAAUCUAGAUAUUAAAAGAGUUGUUAAUAUCAAAAUUUACAUCACAUUAUUCUUAAAUACAAAGGACAAAAGUAAGAUGUUGAUCUUUUUAUAUUAAAGUACGUUAUAAGUUAGUUUAUAUUUAAAAUCUGUUAUAAGAGUAGGUAAUUGUAACAAAAAAUAAUAUCCACGAAAAACAAUGACGCCAUAAUUUUAUGUAGAUAGAAAUCUUAAUAUAUCCCAAAAAUAGCGUUUGAAAAGUGCUUGCUCGGGUGAAGCAAUCUUGAUAAUUACGAGCUCUUCCUCUGUAGCCCGUAAACUUAAUUAAUUGAACAUUUUGAAGUGCUCGAAAAUUGAUAUUGAUGGGAAUGUUCCGGUGUUUUAAUAUUUCAGCUAUCAGCGAUGUUUAUUAUGAAAUAACACCAUAUUUACGGACGUGAAACCCUUAUUUACGCCACAAUUUUAUAAUCUAUAUAAUAAAUAAACAUAACGUUUAACAUCAAUAGAUGAUAAUAUAAUUUAAAAAAAUGAAAUAAUGUUUUAAAAAUAUAAGUACAAAUCUUGUUAGUUCAAGUAGAAAUGUAUGUAUUCAUGUAGAUAUUGUAAAGUGAUAAUUUUGAAAUAAUUUAGAAAGAAAGCUUUAAUUAUUUUUUUACCAUUUUAGUCAGUAUAAGCUUCAUUGUUUUGUUUAAGAUGAUGGAUAUUUAUUUAAUAUUUUAUAAUAGCUUUUGUAAGUAUCUAUUUUUUCUUAGGUCUUCUUUUUCUUAGUAAAAUAAUUACUUUAUUUUAUUACCUAUACAUAAUAUCUACAUUUUAAAUAUUUUCAGUAUAUUGUUUUAACUUCAUUAUGAUUAAAUGAAACCACUAUUAUUUUUGUUCGUAAAGAAUCUAGAAAAUAUCUAAAAGAAGACAAUACAUACCUACCUAAUAAUAAUAUUAUAUUCCACUCAAACAAUAAAGGUAUUAAAGCUGUUAUCAAAAAAUGUUAACUAAUGUUUAUACUUUAAAACAAUAUAUCUAAUAUUAAAAAGAUA